AUGGCCGGAGGAGGUGAUCCCAAAUGGCAGAAAGAUGCUGGCGACCAAAAUUUCGACUACAUGUUCAAAUUGCUGAUUAUUGGAAAUAGUUCUGUUGGGAAGACUAGUUUUCUAUUCCGCUACGCAGACGACUCGUUUACAUCAGCGUUUGUGUCUACUGUGGGCAUUGAUUUCAAGGUCAAAACGGUGUUCCGACACGACAAACGUGUUAAACUUCAAAUAUGGGACACAGCAGGUCAAGAACGCUACCGUACAAUUACAACUGCAUACUACCGUGGAGCGAUGGGCUUUAUUCUCAUGUAUGACAUCACUAACGAAGAAAGUUUCAACAGUGUACAGGACUGGGUGACGCAGAUAAAGACUUACUCGUGGGACAAUGCUCAAGUCAUUCUGGUCGGCAACAAAUGUGAUAUGGAGGAAGAACGCGUCAUCAGCCAAGAACGUGGCAAGCAGCUCGCUGACCAGCUCGGCGUUGAGUUUUUUGAAACGAGCGCUAAGGAGAAUGUUAAUGUCAAGGCUGUGUUCGAGCGACUAGUAGACAUUAUCUGUGACAAGAUGUCUGAGAGCUUGGAUUCGGAACCACAGAACAUGUUGGCUGGUGGAGCUCGAGGCCAGAAGCUUUCAGAGCAGCCCCAAGGAAACAACAAUCCUAAUUGUAACUGUUAA